AUGACCGGACGGGACGCGCUUGCGGAUGGAGGCUGCAGGAGCAGAGCCCUGGCGCCAGGCUGUCCUGCCACCGGCUCUCGCCUUCGAAGCUUCGCCAUCAGCGACCUGCUGGGACUGGAGGCCGAUCUGCCGACCCCGGCGGGGCCCGGGCUAGGAUCUGGCUGUGAAGCCCGGGCGGAGGCCGCGGGGUCCGGGCUGGGACUCUGCGGCUCCUGCCCCCCGCGCGGGGCUCUCCCGCUGGGGCUGGGCCUCCUCUGCGGCUUCGGGGCUCAGCCCCCCUCUGCGGCCGCUGCUCGCGCGCGCUGCCUGCUCUUCGCAGACCUGAGGCUGCUGCCGCCUGCAGGAGCGGAGCCUGCCGUCGCCCCGACCCCAGUGCGCCCGCCGCCUGCGCUAGGCUGCCAGCAGCGCAGCGAGAGCGUCUCCACGUCGGAUGGGGACAGUCCAUUUGAAGAGAAGAGUGACCCAAAGAUGUCCCCUAGCCUGGGCAAGAGGAAGAAGCGGAGGCACAGGACAGUUUUCACUGCCCAUCAGCUGGAGGAACUGGAGAAGGCAUUUGGAGAGGCCCACUACCCUGAUGUGUAUGCCCGGGAAAUGCUGGCUGUGAAAACGGAGCUCCCUGAAGACCGGAUACAGGUCUGGUUCCAGAACCGGAGGGCCAAAUGGCGCAAGCGAGAGAAGCGCUGGGGCGGCAGCAGCGUGAUGGCUGAGUACGGGCUCUAUGGGGCCAUGGUGCGUCACUGCAUCCCACUGCCUGACUCUGUGCUCAACGCCGCAGACAGCCUGCGGGGCUCCUGUGCACCCUGGCUUCUAGGGAUGCAUAAAAAGUCUACAGGGAUGAGGAAACCAGAAAGUGAAGACAAGCUGACAAAACUCUGGGUCCUUGACCAUCUUAAAGAAGGUGCUAAUAAGGGUCAGGACGGACCUGAGAGGGGCCCAGAUGAAACAAGCCUAAACCCUGAGGAUAACUUGGAAGAUGUGGCUAUUGACCUGUCCAGCUCUUCCAGGCAGGAGGCAAAGAAGAUGCCCCUGCUGUCCAGUGCUCAGGGACAUUCUCAUGCCCAGCCCCCAAAGAUGGGAGCCUCAUGA